GUAUUGAUUGGGGUUGUAAUAAUUAUUUUAAGAUAAUUCCAAAAUUAAAUGGUAAUAUAUUUGGUUGGUAAUUUCUUUUAUUUUGUAUGAAAUGGGUGACAUUGAUGAUUAUUAUGAUGGUGAAGGGUAAAGGAUUAACCGUGAAAUCAUAGGCGUCUUCAUUAAAUAAAGUAUUUUUAUAGUCAUCAAGUGAUGAUUAAACAGUGACAAUGGAUUCCAUGCCAACAGCUCCAGAAGUUAUUUAUAAUUGGGUUGAUAUAACAUCUGAUUUCUUUAAAUAUAUUCAAGAUUUGCAACUAGGUGAGCUGCUUCACGAUGGUCAUCUUUUUGGCCUCUUUGAAGCUAUGUCAGCUAUCGAGAUGAUGGAUCCUAAAAUGGACACUGGGAUGUUGUGUAAUAGAGGCAACCCCAAACCUAUCAACUUCCAACAGGCUGUGGCGUGUGGUAAAUUAAAAAUUGAUAAUCUUGAGCCAUCUGAGAUCAUAGGGAUCAUUGAUGCUACCAUGGCCUGUAUCGUUUCCUGGUUGGAGGGACAUUCACUGGCUCAGACCGUUUUCACAAACCUGUAUUUACAUCAGCCUCACUCUAUAAUAAAUAAAACCUUAAAGGCAUAUUGCAUUGCUGUGUAUAAAUUAUUGGAUUGCAUCAAAGAUUGCAUUAAUAAAGCGCAAGUAUUUGAAGAAGAAGAUUUUCUACCAAUGGGCUAUGGUUACCGGUUAGGCUCUAAUCCUCAAAUGGGCAAUGCCUAUGAUGCUAGUCUUGAAGUGAGUGAACAGAAAUGUACUGCAAUGCUAAAGGAACAAGAGGAAGAGUUGAAUAAGAAGGCUAGAAGCAACGAUGAUGAGGCAAAUGACCUCUGGGCAGCUCUGGCAGCUAGGAUCCGAUUCACCAGGAUGUUCUAUCAAGCUCUAUUGAAAAUAACUAAGAAGGAUUCACAAUCCGGUGCUGAUUGUGUCACACUCCUCAAUGGCUGCUCAGAAAUGAUCAAAGUCAUAAUUAAAACUGUGGGCAAGGGCACCCAACCUGCCGAAAAUUCAGACACCCCGAAUCCAAUGGGAUUCGAACCUAUGGUGAACCAGCGGUUAUUACCGCCAACUUUCCCACGGUACACUCGGAUCAAGCCUCGUGCUGAAGCAUUGCAAUACUUUGAGGAACUCGUAACCAGGUUAAGACAUGCCUGGAAGAUCACAUCAUGUACUAACUUUCAUACUGCUUUGGACUUCUUCAUGGAGUUCAGUCGACAGCGGGCGUGUAUAUUGUCAAGGUCAGCGCUACAGUUGCUGUACUUGAGUCCAUCACCAGCGUCCGCAUCAAUAUCGUUGGGUUCAGCGAAUAUACCACCAGGUCAACGACCCCACGCCUUUGUUGAAAUACUAAGAGAAUCGGUCAAAACCUUUGUUAACCCACCCGCAUUAAGUGGAAAGACUGCUUCUGGUGUUAAUCCUCCUGCUAGAGAGUUGGUGGAGAAUUUUCUAAGUCGUUGUGUCCGUCCGUUCACUGUCCUUGUACAAGUGUGUGGGCACAACCGAGCGAGGCAGAGGGACAAACUUGCACUGCUGUUGGAUGAGUUUGCUGCAUUACAGGAAGAGGCGGAUAACGUGGACGCCUUGAUAGGUACAGCUGCUGAGCUGGUGCCGCGUUGUUUCAGCACCUGGAUAUUGUAUCAUGUAGUGAGAGUCAUGAUCGCUUACUUGCUGUCCGGUCUGGAACUGGAACUGUACAGCGUACACGAAUACCAUUAUAUAUUUUGGUAUCUCUACGAUUUUCUUUACCGUUGGCUUCUGUCCGCACUCGGACAAGCUGAGACCUUGGCAGGGGAUGUGAGGAGAGACAAGAAAGCGGCAAACAGGAAACAGAAGAAGAAAGUCAGACCUUACGCACGGGAGAGGCUCAUGUGCCAGGUGAUGCAGAACAUGUGCGGAGGUUACUAUAAGGCGUUAGUGGCAUUCAAGUUGCAAGGAAAAAUACGCCAACCCCAGUCUGAGUUCGACAACGAGUCGGUUCGCUACAAGCAUCGUUUCGCCCCACUGUCUGUACUGUCCCCACCACAAGUACACUACCACGAGUUCUGCGAGAUGACGCAAAACUUACAAUUCGAAAAACCGUUUUUUUUGUAUUUAGAGGGCUGUAAACACUUCCAAGAGGCGCGAACUCUGUUAGAGACUAUAACCAUACCAGAUCAGGAGGUAAACAAUCUUCUAAAAGUCGCAAAAACUAAUUUCGUUGUAUUAAAAUUGCUAGCGGGGGGUCACAAGAAGAAUUCGUCUGCACCACCCGAAUUCGAUUUCUCAGCGCACAGACACUUUCCUAUAAUAAAAUUGGUUUAGAUAUUAAUGAGAACAAUUGAAGGUCAAUAUGUCUUAUAUUUUAUGUGUAAAUUUUGAACCAUAUGUAAACGACUCUGAAUCCUAAACCAAUAGUCAUGAGUUACAAUUUAAGUUAGCAAAAUGCUCCACAAUGUACCAAAUAAUGUAGUUCUGGAACGAAUGAGGCCAUAAACGUUCAAAUUUUACAAUAGAGAAAAUGUGGAUAACAUUAAAAAAUAUAUUUUUUUCAACUGCACUAUUAAAAAAAAAAGUCUUUAAAAAAAAGCAAUAUUUUAAAUGGCCGUAACUUUAAAGAAUAUGAUUCUAUCAUGAUUAAAAAAAAAAACGAAUUUAGAGCAUGAUUUUUUAAAUUUUUGAAUUAAAAAAAAAACGACGAGAAAUCUCAAUGAAUAUAAUAAUAAAAAAAAAUCCAUUCUACUUGAUGGACUUAAAAAAAUUACUGAUUACAAAACUAACUUUCAUUAAUUUUACUUCAAUUUUUUUAUUUUUUCCUUGAACGUAUUAUGUAAUCUAGUAAAAAUCUUAACAAAACUUUGUGACAAUUCACUCUAAUGUGGACACAAUUUACUUCACAAUCGAUAAUUCUUUACGCUUCUUAGAUCUAGUCCAUAUGAGUACUAAUAGAUGGUUCUAGAAUAAACAUUAUGAAACGAGUUUAUAACUAUGAAGUGUCUAUAUGUGAUUUUAAAAUAAAGUUUUUAUAAGUUCUUAAAAUCAUGUGACUACAAACGAAUUGUUUUAACCUUUUUGUUCCUCGGCGUUAAUCUAUAUCACGGCUUAAUCGUUCGGAGUUUGAAUUUCAGACUAGCAACGGAGGCGAACGACAAUAAUUAUUAAAAUUUUAAUCCAGAAAAUUAAAAGUUCAAAGAAAAUUGCCAAAAAUUUUUUUUUCCUAUUUUAUGAGUCCGACUAAUGAGUAUGUAUAGGUAAUUGUUAAACAUAAAUUUAUUGAGGAUUAAAUUUGAGAACAUAAAUAAAAAACAUAUUUCAAAAAGACACAUUAUUUUAGACGACCGAAAUAGCGGGCAACAAUUACCAUGCAAUAUUAAAGCUAAGACAAAAUCUCGAUAUCUUAUAAGUUACUAUGGCUUUCAGCGUGAUCACAAAGGUUUUUUUUUUUACUUAACGGCUUAAAAUAAAUGUGCAAUAGAAA